GCCAGUGCACCUGAGACAGCAAGAGGAAGAGAAAGCGGCCGCUAGAGAGGGGAUGCAGCAUUCCCCCUUCAAUUACUCCCCUAGAUUUUCCUCUGUGGUGCUGAAGGACAGCGCUUUGUGUGCACCCCAUUAAAACAAUAAAAGCCGCACUGUUUUUGUGGUGGACGAAUUGAGCGAUUCAUUUACUUCAAUCAGCUGCCCUUGUUAUUCUUAUCACUCAGCCUGUUUGUCUAAGCUGCUCAAUUUCCCUGCGACCCCAACGCUAUUCGAAUCCCAUUUCCCCUCCCACUGAUGGAUCUUCUGUAAUAUCAUUUAAAGGGACUAUAAGGAAUAAAAUAAUGAAAAAGAGCUUUCUGGUGCCAGAAAUUAAACCUUUGGAUGUAUAUGAUGCACAGCAGGCCAGGAUAUCUGCUUCUCUCAGCUGGCUGAUAUUCAAAUGCUAUGGAAGAGAGGUUCCUGGAGAACUGUACUCCCCCUGUUACACUGAUCAGUACGAACAAGAACAUGUGAAACCUGCUGUGAUCAGUCUCCUUCUGACGGCGGAUGUGUACUGCAGGGCGUACCAUCGCGCUUUUCCCCAUGACACUGCUCCUCCACGUGAUAAUGCUGCGCUACUGCUGUUGCUGGCACGCAAGCAGGUGGCACCAAUGUUUCAAGGCGAACAUAUUAAGCCCAGUGAUCUGAAGGAAAAGCCCAUCCGAAUGGUUGCACACCUAGCUGCGAUUGAUUCUUUGAUGACCUUGUAUUCUGCCCACUGUGCUGAGCCUCUUCUUUCUGGUGUUGACCCGGAUCUAAGUGGAGUGGAAAUUAAACUACUUGAAUGGGUGGAUAAGGUAAAUCAUGAGCUGCAGGAAGAGGUGGAAAGGGAACAGGGGCGAAAGACACUACCCGCCCCAGAUGGGCAAAACCAGGCUGGAAUACGCUAUCGAAAGGAUAAAGCUCUCUCCCGGCAAACGCCCUGCUUCACAUCGGUCUCUUCUAUGAGGGAUCUUUCAAAUGGAAGUGCGCUUGCUGCUACUAUUCACUACUACUGCCCUGCUGAGCUGAGACUUCAGGACGUCUGUUUGAAGGACACAAUGUCAGUGGCCGACAGUCUCUAUAACCUGCAGAUCGUGAGGGAAUUCUACACUCAACACCUGUUACCUUCCUGCCCUCUGUCGUUGGAGGAUCUUUUGUAUGUGCCCCCUGUCCUGAGGGUGAAUCUUGUUGCCUUCCUGGCAGACCUUUAUCUUUGCUUUGAAGUUACCAAACCAGAAGUUGUUCGACCGAAAGACAUGCAGCAGUGCGGAGAAAGUACUACUCCAUCAAGUGCGCAUAGUGGGGGGGGGUCACCUGUCUUCAAUUUCAGACAUUCAACUGGAACUCCAGGUUCUCUUCCUCACUCCUCUUCAAUGUCCCAUAUGGAAGGCUUUGGGAAGACCUGGGUAAAGAAUCCGUUAAGCAACCCUCUGUCCCAAGCAGUCUCAUUCAGUAUACCUUUUGGCUUGGACAGUGAUGUAGACAUUGUGAUGGGAAACCCUGUUAACAUCUUGCGUUCUGUAAGCUCAGAUAGCCUUACACCUCCAGUCUACCCACCGCCUUCUCCCAAACUUAUUACACGUGCUACAUACACCCCUCCUGAAGAUGCUACAGAAUUUCUUGCCCAACCACGUACCUUCAAGAAGGUACCACUUACAGCAAAGAGUCCCUCUGACCUGCAGGCACAGGAAAAAUCUGGGGUACAGACAGAUCUUCCAACAAUUGAAGAGGCUCUUCAGAUUAUUCAUAGCUCAGAGACACGACUACUUCCAGAGGGGGCACCAGAUGGAUUCUAUCUUCACUCCCCUGAGGAACCUAAGCCUUUGAAAGCAGAGGAGGUUGAAACUCCAAAUUUAGGAGUCUAUAGGACGCAUGAUGGCUCCAGGAGAUUGUCAAGAGAUGAUGAUUCUGUCCUGCGAGAUAACAGCUUGGACUCUGAUGCAGAAGAAACUAGACCAAAUCAUGACUCUAGUCGGAGCUCACUCAGCUCACAAGCUGAGUCCUGCCCUAGUUCAGGAGCAAAGAUGACAAGUUUUGCAGAACGAAAGAAGAAGUUAGAUGCUAAGGUGAGCUCAGAAGGGCCUUUGCCUUCAUCUUCGGUUAACCCUACCAAUACAACCACAUGGGCCCAGAAGGCUGAGGAGUCUCCUGUAAAGAGCCCAGCCUUGAAUUCAGAGAUGAACCAGCUUGGUGCUAGACUUGAGGAAAAAAGAAGGGCCAUUGAGGCACAGAAGAAGAGGAUUGAAGCCAUUUUUGCUAAGCAUCGUCAGCGUCUUGGGAAAAGUGCAUUUCUACAACUUAAGAGAGAGGAUGGAGAGGAGGGGGAAGAAGAAGAAGAAGAAAAAUUAUCUCCUGAUGAAGGUCUUCCAAAAGACAUAAUGAUGGAAGGAAGAAGGCAACCAUAUAGAGGAGAUGAGAAAAAUGAUGAGGCAAUGCAGGAAAUGUUGAAGAAUCGAGGAGAGAAGCAAGUUAGUUUCUCUCCAGAUGUGGCAAAGACAGGGCUAGAUGAGAAUCUUGGAGAGUAUAACCGUGCUGUGGCUAAACUAAACUCUGCAUUGACGUCCCUUCAGUCAGACAUGAAGAGACUGUCUGAUCAACAGGAUAAGCUUAUGAAAAAAGAAAGCAAAGCCUGGGUUAUACCAGCUCCUAAGUCAUCUCCUCCUCCUCACAGGUCCAGGUCCUCACCACCUGCUCGACUUACUCGGGAGAUCCAAGCUUCUCGCUCCUCUUCUCCUGGGUCCCCUGCUCAGUCACCUUCACGUAGACCUCCAAAGUCUCCCCAGCCUAUUACAAGGAGAUCUGCUCAACCUUUGCCUACUCCCCCUAAGAGCCCAAAGCAAACUAGACCUGUUGAACUUAAGAUUCCACCUCUCACCAGAGUCCUCACCCCUACUCAUAAUGUGGAUACAAUACCUCACUUGCGUAAAUUUUCACCUAGCAAAGUGCCAGUGCAAACAAAGUCAUCUAUAUACUUUUCAGACAAAGUGUCUGGUUUUGAAGAAAGUGAGGAGCCUACUUCAUCUGUUGAGGGUCAUGGAAACCAACGUCCUGUGGCUUCUGUGGUGCCUCAAAGCAGUAGUUUGGGUCCUUUGGCUGGGGAGGAUGUGGAGGGAAAAAGGAGCAGUCUGAUUGAAAUUCCACUUUCAGAUCUAAGGCCCACAGAAGACGAUGACCUAGAGGGAAUGGACUCUCUAGAGGGAACCCCUGGAGAAGAAGGGACAUUGAAUAAAGGAGUUGGAUUUUUUUUCAAGGCGGAAAAUCGAGCUGAAAGUGAGAUGGAACAGAGGCGAGCGGCCUUGCUAGAGAAGCAGCAAAAGAGAAUAGAAGAAGCAAAAAAAAGGAAACAAUGGCAAGAUGAGGAAAAAGAGAAGGAAAACAGCAAACUAAAGGAAGAACCCGUACGUCGGGAAAAUGAUGAUACCAUUACACGCCGAGGGGACUUCACAAGGAAAGAGUAUGAGCGCCGACAUCAGCUGAAAAUCAUGGAGGAUCUUGAUAAGGUCCUUCGACAGAAACCAAUGACUGUCCGAGCUGUCAAAAAACCAAGACCCAAAACAGUCUUCCAUGAUGACUCUGUUAUUUCCCGAAGUCCAGUGCGAGGCCUCCUGGGCUCAAAACUCAGUAAAGUCUACUCGCAGUCUACAAUGUCCCUUUCAACAGUUGGAAAUGACAUUGGCAGUGGAACACUGAGGAAAUCACCAAAAUCACCAAGAGCAAUGUCUCCCUCUGGUUUAAUGUCUCCAAGUCGAAGUCUUUUUACUCAAAAUGGAGAUAGAGAUUGGGAUACUGGAUCCACCGCCUCAUCGCCUGCCUCUAUCCCUGAGUAUACUGGUCCUCGUCUAUAUAAAGAACCGAGCGCUAAAUCAAACAAGUAUAUCAUACACAACGCUUUGUCUCACUGCUGCCUGGCAGGCAAGGUCAAUGAACCCCAGAAGAACAAAGUCCUAGAGGAUAUUGAGAAGAGCACAUCAAAUCACUUCUUGAUCCUGUUCCGUGACACCAGUUGCCAGUUCCGUGCUGUGUACACCUUCUCAGCUGAGAAUGAUGAACUAACUCGCUUGGCCGGCUAUGGUCCUCGUACAGUUAGCCUGGGUAUGGUGGAGACAAUCUUCAAGUACAGCUCUGAUCGCAAGCGGUUCUCUCAGAUACCCAGCAAGACAAUGUCUAUGAGUGUUGAUGCCUUCACCAUCCAAGGGCACCUAUGGCAGACCAAGAGGCCCACAACACCCAAGAAGGCAGGAACACCAAAGUGAAAACCCUCUCAACUCCAGCUAUAUACCAACUGCUGCUGCCUGGGCAUUUCAGACAAGGAUGGUGCCACCUUAUGUAAAAUCAACAAUUGGGUUAAAUUUGAUGUAAUUUUUUUUCUCACGUUACAAAUCAUGAACUGAAACAAAUUAUAACUUAGGUCAAACUCAGUGAAUCCUAAUUGAAUUUAGGUUAAUUUGAUUUAUUUUGUAUCAUAUUGUGUCUUCUCAUUGUAUUUACCCCCUUGCUUCAUGUGAUUUUUUUUCUCACCCCUUUUGGCUAGGCUUCAUGUUUGCUUGGUUACUUUGCCCACUCGGUUAUCUGUCUUCACAUUUUAGUCUUAAGCGGCUAAUGUUUCUUUUCUAUACGAUGUGCCAAGCACUGCUCAUUGCUAUUAGAUUGUUUGUCUUAUAUUCUCAUUUUUUUUCCUGCUCCUCACCAGUCUUUUCUAAUGGUGCCUUUUACUUUUUGUGCUGACGAUUAUGGGUUCUUUCAACAUUUCUUAUCGGAGCAACUGAACUAAAGUGGGUGAAGUUAGCGCUACAGAACCUAUACUUCUCUUAUGUCCCCCAUCCCCUAGCAUAUGUACAUAUACUGCCUCUUCAUAUGUGCUGCCAUGUAAAUAAGUUAGCCAGGAACUACCAGCCUGCCUUUUAGGUCCAAUACUUACAGGGACAGUCUGCUCCAGAAUUGUUAUUGUUUAAAAAGAUAAUCGCCUUAUUAACUAUUACCUAGUUAAAUUAAUAUACUUUUUACCUCUGUGAUUACUUUGUAUCCAAGUCUAUUCAGACUGGCCCCUUAAUUUCAAAUUCAGUGCUGACUCAUAAAUAACUCAAUGGGAGUGAGCACAUUAUCUAUAGGGCACACAUGAACUAGCGCUAUCUAGUUGUAAAAAAAUGAACAAAAUGCACUGAGAUAAGAGCGGCCUUCAAGGACUUAGAAAUUAGCAUAUGAGCCUACGUAGGUUUAGGUUUCAACAAAGAAUACCAUGAGAACAAAGCAAAUUUGAUGAUAAAAGUAAAUUGGAAAGUUGUUUAAAAUUGCACCUAUCUGAAUCAUGAAAGUUUAAUUUUGACUAGACUGUCCCUUUAAACAAAUCAUUCCCAUACUGCACUUUGGCCAAACAUUCUUAGUUUAUCCAAUAAUGGAAUUAAAGGUUCCCCUGCCUAUCUUGCUAAUAUAAAGCACAGUAUUGCUCAUUUAGUUGAUACUUAUGUAGCACAAUUAAAUUCAACUCUAGUAGGCUGUUGCCUUAGUGUAAAAUAACAACCAUUUCUGUUAGUUCAAUCCUAGCGUAUUAUAUGAAAAAUAUUACAGGCUGCAAAUUACACCUAAUUGGUGUAUUUUUGUUGUUAUAUAAAAUGGUUCUUUUAUUGCAUUAGAAACACAAUACAUGUGCUGUCGAAUUUCCAGCUGUGCUACCUACACAUUUACAUAUAAUUACUGCACAUUUUUUUAAUUAAGGCGCAUUGUCGAAAAAACAAACGAAACACCUUACAUGGAACGAAUGAGCGGCUCAGUGGAAUCCACUGAAUGACGUUGAUCAAAGCUGCAGUGAAAAUAUUUGACAUCAUAUGACUCUAAAGUUCAUACAGCCACAUCUCUAAGGGCUCCUUUUUGUAUGUAUGUUUAAAUAUAUAUUUUAAAUGCAGGUGCAUUUUGUGUAAAUAAAGAAUGCACGUGUGUGUGUCACCAGUGGAUUCUUGUACAGUUACACAUUGUCUACGCAUUAAUAUUUGUACUAUGUGUACAUAUGCAUUCUCUGUAUAUAUCAUGUAUGAAUGAGUACAUUAUAAUUGUGCAUUUAUUACUUACCAAUAUUAUUAAUUAAUUUAUGAACACUGCCUAUUUUUUGGCCUAAUAACUAGGGAUGCUUAAAAACCGUAUUACUAUUUAAUACAGCAUCAUCUCAGACUUUAUGUUGUCACCCUGGUUUUGCUGAAACAUUAUGGGAAAUCUCGGCACGUGUGUUUAAAACUGACUGUAAUUGCUAACAUAUAUAAAUUUGUAGUAAGGCCUGUCUUUGUCUGAAGCGGAGACAUUUAAGCACACAUUUAUAGCACUUUUUGAGUAGGCCAAAGAAAAAUAGUUUGUACUUUUAAAGGGAUAUGAGACCCCCCCCCGAUUCAGACAGAGAAUACAAUUUUAAACAACUUUCCAAUUUACUUCUAUUAUCUAAUUUGCUUCAUUCUUUAUAUAUCCUUUGUUGAAGAAAUAGCCAUGCACAUGGGUGAGACAAUCACACGAGACAUCUACGCACAGCCACCAAUCGGCAGUAACUGAUAUGCUUUUAACAAAGGAUAUCAAGAGAAUAGAUACUAUAAGUAAAUUGGAAAGUUGUUUAAAAGUGCAUGCUCUUUCUAAAUCAUGAAAGAAAAAAAAUGUGGGUUUUAUGUUCCUUUAAAGGGACAUAACAGAUCGUUAGCAACAUAUGCAAAAAUGUUUAUUUUUAAAGCCUAAAAUGAAAUAUCCACUAAUUAAAGCGACAUUAUAGUGCAAACAUUACAAGCAACAACUGCAAUGCUAAAAUUAAAGGGACAAUCCACUCAAAAUGGUUUAUUUAAAAAGGAUAAUCCCUUUAUUACCAAUUCCCUAGUUUUGCACAGCCAACACGGUUAGAUUAAUAUACUUUUUACCUCUGUGAUUACCUUGUAUCUAAGCCUCUUCUGACAGCCCCCUGAUCACAUGACAUUUAUUUAUUAUCUAUUGACUUGUAGCCAAUUAGUGCUGUGUUGUGCACAACCCACGGACGUGAGCACAAUUAUCUAUAUGGUCCACAUGAACUAGCAGUCUCCUGUUGUGAAAAGCAAAUAAAAAAGCAUGUGAUAAGAGGCUGUCUAUAGUGGCUUAGAAACAGGCAGACAUUUAGAGGUUUAAAUGUUACAAAGUUGGUUAGGCAAAGCUGCGGAAUGGGUAGUAAAGGAAUUUUCUAUCUUUUUAAACAAUAACAAUUUUGGUGUUGACUGGCCCUUUUAAGCAUGUCAUUUUUUAAUUUAUUUUUUAACUAUGUCAAUUUAAAUAUCUAAUGAGGUGCCAGAAUUACUUACCACUGCCCCUAUGCUCAUCUCUAUUGGUAUUUUAUUUAUUUUUGUUUCAAAAAUAAAUUUCUAAAAUUUUGGGAACUCUUACGUCCCUUUAAAUCCAUGCCUUUUUUUAAAAAAUAUCCUUGUUUAUUCUGUAAUAUAUUAUCUGAGAACUGCCUACAGAUAUUAUCUCUUAUUACUUAUUACUCUCAUUAAAACAUAGUGAUUAACAAAGGAAUUGAAGCAACACUGCCCAACCAUGUCCAAAAAAAAAGUGUUAUAAAAUAUUUUGUUCAGAUUUCCUUGAAAUAAAACAAUGAACUGCUUUUAUUAAGCUUUUAGCUACCUUUAAAAAAUACCACAUUAGCACAAGAGACCUGCCAGUAAUUAGAACACACCAUUUCAUUGUAGUAAAUCAAUACACAAUAGAUUUUUCCAGUAAUGAUGGUAAAUUGAAAUAGGAAUAUGAUAAAUUGCCAUUUUCCUUAAAUGUCCUAACGUUUAUUUUUACAAUAUGAUUUUGGGUUACAGGUUUUCUUAAUCAGAAACAUCUACCUGACAUCUCAGAAUAGGAGAAAAAGGCCGCAUCAGGGCAACGUUUAAAAAUAAAACCACACUUUGUUAAAAUGAAAACAUACACCAGGAGGUGAAAGAAUCUACGCGUUUCACUCCCCAAAUGGGCGCUUAGAUAAGUGGCCUUUUUCUCAUAUUCUGUUUUGUUUUGCGGCACCGUCCGGCACCACAGUAUCUCACAGAGGUUUUCCCUUUUGCUUUCAUUAACGGAUCCCGUAUGGAAGUCUGAGCGGCGUUUUUCUUCCUCUUCUACCCGACAUCUCAGUCUCGUGCUAAAUAGCCAGUUUUAUUUAUAUAUGACAGUAAACAAUGCUAUCACCUUUGCCUUUUUUGUUUAAUAUGUGGAGGGGACCCAUAAAUAACCAUAUUUUAUUGCUGUAUACAUUUUGCUUACCAUCUGCCAUUAUUUAAAACCAUUGUGUUUUUUGUUGUUGUUGUUUUUAUGUUUUAUCAUACUCCUUCAUGGAAUGUAAUUUGAAAAAUGUACUUUUAUUUGCACAGGAUGUAAUGUUAAGCAGCCCCAGUAAAAAACAAAGUAUGUUAUAAUAAUAUUUACUUUAUUAUAGGAUUUUUUUUUUCUGGUCCUACCCUUAUACCAGAAUAAUUUUAUUUAACAGGUACUUGGGUGUAUGAACAGUUGUACAGUAUCUUUUUUUUUUUUUUUAAAGUAGUUGUGCAAUUUAUAUCUGAGGAAGAUUAAUAUAUACUGCCCAUCCUUUGCUUCGCUAGUAAUGUGAGACCCACAAGUGAGUGAGUGAUUAGGCACUGGAUGCUAGUUGAAAAGCUGGACCAUGUUCUUGCAGAAUACAAGUGAUGCAGCUGCACUGUAUUUAUAAUAUUGUGACUAAAUAUUUGAUGAGUUCUAGUGGGGUCUGCUUCAGUGAGUCUGGACUUCACUGCUAAGAACAAGAGACCCCCACCAUGUAUUUAUAAUUAUACAUACAGAUUUAUUAUAAAUAUCUAUAUUAAAUGAUUUUGCAAAUAUUUGUAUAUAAAAAGAAUGAAGUACAAUG